CGGAUGGGCAUAACUGCAAUAAUAGUGGAGCUGCUUGCAAACAGAGCAGCUGUUUGGCUAUUAGGUUCAAAACACUGGCGAGGCCCUUGUUUAUUGCCAACAGCUCACAGAAAUGUCAGAAUCAUCAAGUGAUGUAGAUUCAUCUUGUGGCUGGAGCAUUAUAAGUAAUGAGGGCUCAGAUAUUGAGACGUUGGAAGCUGGGGUUGAAUAUGUAGCCGAGCUGCUAGAGUGCCCGGCAGUGGAAGAACCGGAGCUGCUGGAAUCACAGCCGCCGGCUUCUGCUGCUGUGGCUGUUGUCGAGGAGGCUGCUGAUUCCCCUGACGACACCCUGAAAGAACAGACUAUAGAUGAAACACUUUUCUCUCCAGAGGCUGGAGUCAAUGCUGCUGGGAAGGAGCAUGUGCUAUCUUCUAGCGAUCACUCCGAUAUUGUGACUCUGGGAGACUCAAAAGAGGGCGAGCACACGGAGGAGGAUGCAGCCGCCAGUGAGGAGCGUUACCUCGGCACCUCCAGCAGCAGCUUUUACACCUUCACUGCAGACACUGUUUGUUCAGCAGAGCAACCAGCAGGGACAAACUCGAGCAGCAGUGAAGAUGAGGUUCAGCGAAAUGCCGAUACUGUUGUCCGAAGGCGAAGGAUGAGGAAGAACACCACAAGUGCUAUAGAUCCAGAAGAGGAGGAAGAGGAUGGGGAAGCAGUGCCAGAUUCGCGUUCGAGUGAGGGGGAGGACAAUGAUGAGGAGAUGAAAGAAAAGGAGCUCCAAGAGGAGCGGACUGGAGACGGACCAUAUGCCGCUCUGGAAGACGGAGUGCGAGGCAGUAUCUUCAGCAGAUAUGUCCUGCUCGCCCUCAUCGUAGCCAUCAGCACGGGAGUCGUACACUUCUACAUCCAGAUGCAGGAAAGCGUGGAGAAAAUCGGAGAGAAUCAGCUGGACCGUGUGAGGGAUCAGCUGCAGCAGCAUUUGAGAGAUCCACGUUUUACACACCAGAGGAUCAUCUUUGACCAAGACAAUCUGGAUGAGAAUCUGGAAGUUAUUUCAUUGCUCAUGGAAGUGAUUGAGAAGAUAAAGAAAGAAAACCAGGAGCUACACUCAAAACAGAUGCACGUUCAGGCCCAGAGAGAUGACCUGAAAAUGUUGCUGAAACAAGCAGCCGAGGAGCGGACUAACAUCAUGUCUCGGCAGCAGAGUUUGACAUCUGAAAACCAGCGACUGAAAAGCUCACUGGAACACGAGGAAAAUGCCUUGUCCGUCUUACAGGAGGAGCUGAGAAACCUGCGCUCAAAGAUCAGAGAGCUGGAGGGGAUGAGAGCGGGAGCCGACUUGCUGAUGUCAGAAAACCAGAGGCUGAAGAGCCAGCUGGAGACGGAGAAGCAGCUGGUCAGAGAUUUCUACAUCCAGAGGGAAGACAUGAUAGCUGAAGCACAGAUGCUGAGGAAGCAGCUUGAAAAUAAGGAGACGGUCACAGAGGAGCUGAGGAGAGAGCUGAAUAAUGUGAGAAGUCACAUCCCUGGAGGUGGAUUCGGCCCGGAGGCAGAAGAGCUGCAGUCACGUCUGAUGGAGCUGGAGAAGAGACUGGGUUUUGAGCAGCAGCGCUCUGACCUGUGGGAGAGGCUGUAUGUGGAAACCAAAGAAGAGCGAGCCAAAGGAGAUCAAGAGUCCAAAGUGAAAAAAGCAAAACCAGGCAUGGCAGGGAAAGUAAAAGAGACAUUUGAUGCUCUCAAGAACUCCACCAAGGACUUUGUCCACCACCACAAGGAACAGAUCAAGAAAGCCAAAGAGGCUGUGAAGGAGAACCUGAGGAAGUUUUCUGACUCUGUCAAAUCAACUUUUCGACAUUUCAAGGAUUCAGCCUCAACCUUCAUCAAUAAGGCUCAAGGCUUUUAUAAGAGACGUGACAAAAGGAGUACAGAGGAAUCAUGGCAGCACAGAUCCCACAGUCCUCAUCAUAGGCAGAAAUCGGACUCCUCCCAAAGCAACCACAACACGCGCAAAUCAAGUCGGAAAGUUCAUGAGGAUCAAGUCCACAACAGCCACAAAUCCAGCAUGAAGGGAUGCGCCGGAGUUUUCGACUGUGCCUAUCAGGAGUCCAUGAGCCUCUUUAACAAAGCCCUGGAGCCGAUCCGAGCUGAUGAAUUUCACCAGCUUCUGCAGAGCUACCUGCACCAGGAGGUCCACCACUUCCACCACUGGAAGGAGCUGGAGAUGUUCAUCAACAAUUUCUUCCACAACGGAGUGUUCAUUCAUGACCAGAUGCUUUUCACUGACUUUGUAAGCGGAGUUGAAGACUACCUGGCCGACAUGCACGAGUAUCAUGGCCAUGAUGAUGACGUGUUCGGAGAUCUUGAUGACUACAUCUACAGGCACUUCUUCGGAGAAGCGUACACCAAAACCUACGGCCCGCGUGGGCCGUUUGAAAGACCCGACGCAGACUCAAAGGAUGAGUCGAGGGUAAAGAAUCAACAGCGGAAGCAGCAGAGAGCCAGAUCUCGACCGCACAGAGAUCGCAAGUGGAGCAAAUCAGGAAGAAGCUCAGACAGACACAUGGCUGAUGUCAAAAUAGAACUGGGCCCAAUGCCGUUCGAUCCAAAAUACUGAAAACAUCUCAGCUGGUUAAAUUUCAUAGCUGCAAUUUCUUCAAAUUUUGGGUUAUGUUUAGAUGCCAAGACACUUUUUUUGUAAAUUUGCACAUUUUCUUUUAAUGCUACUGAACGUACUUGAGCUGUUUUGGUGAAAUAAUUGUUUUUAAAGUUCUAGUUAGAGAUGUGGCAUAUUUUACAUGCACUAUGUACAGUAGUGCUAUGGGUUUAAAACUGGGUUUGAGAAAUUUCUGCUAACGUCCAUCUUCAUCCAAAGCCUCAUCACUUUGUUAAAAUUACACAAAAUAUUAAUCUGGAACUCAGUAGCGGAGCCAUGUUUCUAAAAUGUUGCUGCUGCAGUGACUGGUUUGUGUUACGUUGAUGUAAUCUGCUUUCGUAGUUCAAACAUUCCACCUCAAGCUUGUUUAACUGGAGCUGGUGACUUUAUUUCACUUUCACAUGUGGCAUAAAGAAAAAAACUGGAAAAAAAUAAGCAAGACGUCAAGUUUUAUUCUGGGUGAAAAAAAAGGCCACAUUUAAGUUUAAAAAUAUUUAUUUUAGUAGCAUAUCAAUACCAUACUACCUAUUCUCCAAGAGAAAAUGACCAUUGUUCCAGUGUUUUAGUGCCUUUCAUAAAUAAAGAUGCUUUGUCCAACUCUUCCUUCAGGAAAGUGAGUAUGAAAUAACUCUUCUGUCCUUACAAAGUUAUUUCCUUGCAGAAAUGCAGAGAUUUCCUACAG